GUUCCCAUGUAUUUCUUCCUGGCCAACCUCUCGCGGCUGGAUACUGCCUAUAUGUCCACCAUGGUGCCCCAGAUUCUAGUACACCUGCUGGCACCAGUGCGGGUCAUGCCCCGUCAUGCUUGUCUCACCCAGAUAUUCUUUCUCCACUUCCUGGCUCCCUGGGAGUGCUGCCUGUGCACAGCCACGGCCUAUGACCACUACGCAGCCAUCUGCCAGCCACUGCGCUACCUAGUCCUCAUGGGCCAAAGGACCCGGACAGGACUGCCUUCAAUCUCCUGCCUGCUUGCUUUGACCAGUGCCCUCACCCACACCAUCCUUGCGGCUGUCCUCAAGUUCUGUGGACCCCGCCUUAUCACCCACUUCUCUUGUGACCUCCCUCCACUGCUCAAACUCUCUUGCUCCACCACGUGGGCCAAUGAACUUGCCCUGCUCUUCUUCGGUUUUCUGGUGGCUCUUGCCCCCUGUGCCCUGGUUGUGAGCUCCUAUAUACAUGUUGUCGCUGCGGUUUUCAGGACUCACUCUGCCGAGGGCCGAACAAAAGCCUUUUCUACCCGUGGCGCUCACAUCACCAUGGUCUGUAUUUUCUGCAUCACUUCAGUCCUCCACUGCAUCCUUCCCAGCUCUUCACACUCUGGCUUGAGAGACCGGUCUUCUGUGCUGUAUGUGGGCCUCGCCCCCAUGCUCGACGCCAUCGUCUACGGCACAUGCGAAGCAAGGCCUCACUCCUCCACAGUGCGGCUAGCACAUACCUGA